GGGGCGGCGCGUGUUGACAGCGGCGGCGGCGGAGCCGGGCGGGCGGCGGGAGUAGGCGCCUCCGGUUCCUGCCUCUGGUUCCCGAGGCGGCGGCUGCCGGCGUCCCGGGAUGGCCUUCAUGGAGAAACCGCCGGCUGGCAAGGUGCUGCUGGACGACACGGUGCCGCUGACAGCAGCCAUCGAGGCGAGCCAGACUCUGCAAUCCCACACGGAAUAUAUUAUUCGAGUGCAGAGAGGAAUUUCUGUAGAAAACAGCUGGCAGAUUGUUAGAAGAUAUAGUGACUUUGAUUUGCUGAACAACAACUUACAGAUUUCAGGACUGAGUCUACCUCUCCCUCCCAAAAAACUGAUUGGCAACAUGGAGCGAGAAUUUAUCGCUGAGAGACAGAAAGGUCUUCAGAACUAUCUCAAUGUUCUCACCACCAAUCAUAUCUUGUCUAGCUGUGAGCUGGUUAAGAAGUUUUUAGAUCCCAACAACUAUGCUGCGAACUACACUGAGAUCGCCUUACAACAGGUUUCCAUGUUCUUUCGAUCAGAACCGAAGUGGGAGGUGGUAGAACCAUUGAAAGACAUAGGUUGGAGAAUAAGAAAGAAAUAUUUUUUGAUGAAGAUUAAAAAUCAGCCAAAGGAAUGGCUGGUGUUAAGCUGGGCUGACCUUGGCCCUGACAAGUACCUCUCAGAUAAAGAUUUUCAGUGUCUAAUCAAACUACUGCCUUCCUGUUUGCAUCCAUACAUCUAUCGGGUUACCUUUGCCACAGCUAAUGAGUCCUCAGCACUGCUGAUUAGGAUGUUUAAUGAAAAAGGAACUUUGAAGGACCUGAUCUAUAAGGCAAAACCAAAAGAUCCAUUUCUAAAGAAGUACUGUAACCCCAAGAAGAUUCAGGGCCUUGAACUCCAGCAAAUAAAGACAUAUGGGCGACAAAUAUUAGAGGUACUAAAGUUUCUACAUGAAAAGGGAUUCCCUUAUGGGCAUCUCCAUGCUUCCAAUGUGAUGCUAGAUGGGGACACCUGCCGGCUGCUAGACCUUGAGAAUUCCUUAUUGGGCCUGCCCUCCUUCUAUCGAGCCUACUUCUCACAAUUCAGGAAAAUCAAUACAUUGGAAAGUGUGGAUGUUCACUGCUUUGGCCACUUACUGUAUGAAAUGACUUACGGACGCCCACCUGACUCAGUGCCUAUAGAUUCCUUCCCUCCUGCACCGUCCAUGGCUGUGGUGGCCGUGUUGGAGUCCACGCUGUCUUGUGAAGCCUGUAAAAAUGGCAUGCCUACCGUCUCCCGGCUUUUACAGAUGCCAUUAUUCAGUGACGUUUUACUAACCACAUCUGAAAAACCUCAGUUCAAGAUCCCCACAAAGUUAAAAGAGGCAUUGAGAAUUGCCAAAGAAUGUAUAGAAAAGAGACUGAUAGAAGAACAAAAACAGAUUCACCAGCAUCGAAGACUGACAAGAGCACAGUCACACCAUGGUUCUGAGGAAGAAAGAAAAAAGAGAAAGAUUUUAGCUCGAAAGAAGUCAAAACGAUCAGCUGUAGAGAACAGCGAAGAACAUUCAGCAAAAUACAGCAAUUCCAAUAAUUCAGGCUCUGGGGCCAGCUCACCUCUCACGUCCCCGUCAUCACCAACUCCACCCUCUACUACAGGGACAUCAGCAUUGCCUUCACCUCCUCCGCCACCACCACCACCACCACCAGCAGCUCCCUUGCCUCCUGCCAGCACAGAGGCACCUGCAAACCUCCCACCCCAGGCUGUGAAUGGUGUGAGCCGAGGGGCCUUGCUCAGCUCCAUCCAGAAUUUCCAAAAAGGAACUUUGAGGAAAGCCGAAACCCGUGAUCACAGUGCUCCUAAAGUUGGCUGAAACUUCUUGUUUACACACAGAGGGCAAAGUUCUUUUUUUUUUCUUUUUCCCCUUCCUGCCCCAAGCCCCUAAAGUACCCUCUCCCUGGAUAAAUCAUUGCUGAGCCAGUACAACCACAUACUAUUUUACAGGUACUCAUGUAAGAGGCUUUUCAAGAGAGAAAUAUUCUUGAAAAUAAUGGAAGAAAGUCAGGCUGGCAU